AUGUCGCUGUCUAACAAGCUUUCCAUCUCCGACGUCGACGUCAAGGGCAAGAGAGUCCUCAUCCGAGUCGACUUCAACGUCCCUCUCGACGCCGACAAGAACAUCACCAACAACCAGCGAAUUGUCGGUGCCCUCCCUACCAUCAAGUACGCCCUCGAGAAUGGCGCCAAGUCAGUCAUCCUCAUGUCUCAUCUCGGCCGUCCCAACGGUUCUCCCAACGAGAAGUACUCCCUCAAGCCCGUUGUCGCCGAGCUUGAGAAGCUCCUGAGCAAGAAGGUCACCUUCGCCCCUGACUGCGUCGGUCCCGAGGUCGAGGAGAUCGUCAACAAGGCUGAGGAUGGCUCUGUCAUCCUCCUCGAGAACCUCCGAUUCCACAUUGAGGAGGAGGGCUCCUCCAAGGAUAAGGAGGGCAACAAGACCAAGGCCGACAAGGCUCAGGUUGAGGCUUUCCGCAAGGGCCUGACCGCUCUUGGCGACGUUUACAUCAACGACGCUUUCGGCACUGCUCACCGUGCUCACUCCUCCAUGGUCGGUGUUGACCUCCCCCAGAAGGCUUCCGGUUUCCUCGUCAAGAAGGAGCUUGAGUACUUCGCCAAGGCCCUCGAGGAGCCUCAGCGCCCCUUCCUUGCCAUCCUCGGUGGUGCCAAGGUCUCCGACAAGAUCCAGCUCAUCGACAACCUCCUUGACAAGGUCAACACCCUCAUUGUCUGCGGUGGCAUGGCCUUCACCUUCAAGAAGACCCUCGAGAACGUCUCCAUCGGUAACUCUCUCUUCGACGAGGCCGGUUCCAAGACUGUCGGCAGCCUCGUUGAGAAGGCCAAGGCCAAGGGCGUCAAGCUCGUCCUCCCCGUUGAUUACAUCACCGCCGACAAGUUCGACAAGGACGCCAACACUGGCUACGCCACCGACAAGGACGGUAUCCCUGACGGCUGGCAGGGACUUGACUGCGGCGACGAGUCCAUCAAGCUCUACAAGGAGGCCAUCGCCGACGCCAAGACCAUCCUCUGGAACGGUCCCGCCGGUGUCUUCGAGUUCGAGAAGUUCGCCAAGGGCACCAAGGAGACUCUCGAUGCUGUUGUCGACGCUGUCCAGAAGGACGGCAAGAUCGUCAUCAUUGGUGGCGGUGACACCGCUACCGUCGCCAAGAAGUACGGCGUCGAGGACAAGCUCAGCCACGUCUCCACCGGUGGUGGUGCUAGCUUGGAGCUCCUCGAGGGCAAGGAGCUGCCCGGUGUUACCGCUCUAUCGAGUAAGUAA